AUGUUCACACAACUGACUCUUCGCGCUCUACGCGCCGCACGAACACCCGCAUCGCAACCCUCGAAAUACCUCCACCCGCUCACCUCGCUCACGCGCCUAAAAACACCAGCACCCCGAAUAGCAUCAAGAUGGCUUACAAUAUCAACGACCCCCAGAACCAGAACCAGACUCCCAUUACAUCUCCACUCAAACAUAAUCCUUCCACAAACAACCCAACGCACAUUCACCUCUACGCCAAGGUCUUCAUUCCGCACCCCAACCAAAUCCAACUACCAAUACCAAAGCCGACCAAACUACAACCGCUUCGGCGGCGGCGGCGGCGGCGGUGGUUCACAACGAGGCUCGAUAUUCCUCACCCUCCUCCACAAAUCCAAACCGCAGCACUUUGUGAUACUCGGAAUCGGGAUCUCGGGAAUCUACCUAUAUAAUACAGACGUGGUAGAGAUGACAGGUCGGCGACGCUUUAAUUGCGUAUCCGCGGAGCGCGAAUUGGCAAUGGGUGCCGAGAGUUAUCGGGAGAUUCUUGCUUCGGAGCGUGGGAAGGUUUUACCUGAUUAUCACCCUCUUACGAAGAGUGUUGAUCGCAUUUUGCAGAGGCUUAUUCCUAUGGCGGAUAUUGAGGGUGCUGAAUGGAAGGUUCAUGUUAUUAAGGAUGAUGGGAUGGCGAAUGCGUUUGUUUUGCCUGGGGGCAAGGUAUUCGUCUACACCGGCAUUCUACCAAUCUGCCAAGACGAAGACGGUCUCGCCGCUGUCCUGGGCCACGAAAUAGCGCACGUCGUAGCGCGCCAUCCCGCCGAGCGCAUGAGUACCAGCGUUCUGACGAUGGGGACAAUAUUUCUCGUCUCAAUGCUAUUUGAUGUUUCGGGACAAUUGUCGUCCAUGCUGGUUAAUCUGAUGUGGAGUUUGCCCAAUUCGCGCACGCAGGAGGCUGAGGCGGAUAAUAUUGGUUUGAUGAUGAUGUCGAAGGCUUGCUUUAAUCCCGAGGCAGCUGUUAAGCUCUGGCAUCGCAUGCAGCAGCAGGAGAAGGGGGCUCCGCCGCAGUUUAUGUCGACUCAUCCGUCUAGUUAUAAUCGGGAAGAGGCAAUUAGGGGGUGGUUGGAGAAGGCGGAGAUGAUUUAUCAGGAUAAUGAUUGUGGUUCAAUUGGGAAGUAUAUGCCUAGCUUCCAGAAUGCGAUUAGGUCGCAUGGUUCGGCAGUGUGGUGA